AACAAGUUAGACGAGGAGCAUUAUGGACUUUUCUGCAACAGUGAUCUUGGCGGGGCUAAUCGUAGCUCUGCUGUGGCUGUUCAGGGUCAAAAACAAAAAUAAUUAUAAUUUGCCUCCUGGACCCAUUGCUCUGCCUGUCAUAGGAAAUUUGCCACAGCUGCAAAAAGAUGCACCUUUUAAAAGCUUUUUCAAGUUCAGUGAGACCUAUGGACCUGUGAUGACAUUUUACCUGGGCUGGCAGCGGACGAUUGUUCUGGUGGGAUACGAUGCAGUGAAAGAGGCUCUGGUGGACCAGGCGGAUGACUUCACAGGCAGAGGGCCACUGCCAUUUCUGAUGAAAGGGUCCAAAGGCCACGGUAUGGCAAUCAGUAAUGGGGAGCGUUGGCGCCAGCUGCGACGCUUCACCCUGACAACCUUAAGAGACUUUGGGAUGGGACGCAAGGGGAUGGAAGAGUGGAUCCAGGAGGAGAGCACCCACCAGAGAGCCCGGAUAGAUUCAUUUAAAGCCAAACCAUUUGACCCCACGUUGUUGCUGAGCUGCUCCGUAUCCAAUGUGAUCUGUGCUCUGGUGUUCGGUGAACGCUUCGAUUAUGAUGACAAGCAGUUCUUGAACCUGCUCAGCAACAUAGCUGAUGUUUUAAAGUUUAACAGCAGCCCUAAGGGUCAGAUGUAUAACGUCUUCCCCUGGCUCAUGGAUCAUCUGCCCGGCCAGCAGCACAAGGUUUUUGCUCAGGUUGAGGAGUUGAGAGGGUUUGUCAAAAUUAAGAUCCAAGAGCACAAAGAGACACUGGAUCCCAGCUCCCCAAAAGACUUCAUCGACUGCUUUCUCAUCCGAAUGAAUCAGGAAAAGGACAUACCUACAAGUGAGUUCCAGUUUGAAAACUUGGUCGCCACAGUGCUUAAUCUAUUCAUGGCAGGGACAGAAACCACCAGCUCCACCAUCAGAUAUGCCCUCAGCGUGCUGAUCAAAUACCCCAGCAUGCAAGAGAAAAUGCAGCAGGAGAUCGACACUGUGAUUGGACAAAAUCGUGGUCCCAACAUAGAGGACAGGAAGUCCCUCCCCUUCACAGAUGCAGUCAUUCAUGAGGUGCAGCGUUUUCUGGACAUUAUCCCCUUAAGCCUCCCUCACUACACACUCCAGGACGUCUCUUUCAGGGGUUACACAAUCCCCAAGGUAUUCUCAGUUCAAAUGUGUCAUUUUAAUUGGAGAAGCAAGUGCACAAUUACACUAACAUGUUUUAAUGUCUCUUAGGAAACUGUUAUUAUUCCCUUGUUGCACUCUGUGCUAAAAGAAGAAAAGCAAUGGGAAACUCCCUGGUCCUUCAACCCCAAGCACUUCUUGGACCAGAAUGGCAACUUUAGCAAAAAUCCUGCAUUCCUGCCAUUUUCUGCAGGAAAGAGAGCCUGUGUUGGGGAGUCUCUUGCUCGUAUGGAGCUUUUUAUCAUCAUUGUGUCUCUGGUGCAGCGUUUCAAAUUCUCCUGCACCGAAGGUCCUGACAGUAUAAACCUUGUUCCAGAGUUCAGCGGCUUUGCCAAUAUCCCUCGCAGGGACCUGAUCAUAGCCACGGCGCGGUGAAAAGAGGAGCUUCACUCAGAUAUUCUCAUCGAUUGACGCACUCAUAAACAC